AUGACACUCACAAUCAUUCAAGCAUAUCAAUAUUCAUCUGAUCAAGUCGAUGAUAAUACCGAAGAAAAUACCGAGAUGUUCAACGGUAUUUUUCACACUUACACAGCCGAUGUGAAUUUAGAAAAUGAAGUAGGUACGACAGUCGGUGCUACUAAUGACAAGAAAAAAGACGAUGGCGAUGAAUAUGAAGAAGAUUCACCUGAUCAAGUCGAUGAUAAUACCGAAGAAAAUACGGAGAUGUUCAACGGUAUUUUUCACACUUACACAGCCGGUGAGAAUUUAGAACAUGAAGUAAGCACGACAGUCAGUGCUACUAAUGACAAGAAAAAAGACGAUGGCGAUGAAUAUGAAGAAGGUGAGAAAUUAGGAGAUAGUAAUAAAAAUUUUAUGAUAAAGAUGAUGUUGAGAAAAUGGUGUAAAUUUGAGAUACCAGUUAGACGAGAAAUGAAAUUAGGAUGA